AUGGCACGUGGACCAACGAUAGUACGAGUGGCACCAGGUUCGGGGGGAGAGAAAGGAAUCAAAUGUUGCUGCUGCCGUUGCUGCGAAUGUCUCAACCUCGGAUACCUGACGUCUCAGCAUGGUCUCAUCAAACUCGCCCAAGCGAUGUUGGGCGGUCUCUGUCAAAGUUUAUUGGUGAAGUACGGGAUGUCAGAAGCAGGCAGUAUGGCGGGUGCUUUCCACAGCUUUUUGACAACUGCCUCUGCUUGCCUGCUCACUACCUCACUUCUCAUCACCUGCUACGUAUUGUCAAGCAACACGCAGCAACUAAUUAGGCAGUCCAUAUUUGAAUGCCUGUUCAAUGCGGUGGCAUGCUUUCUCUACCUGUCAGCAUCCUCCUACAUGUGUGCCAUGGUGAAUGUGUUCUUGUACCCGAAGUAUGCUCUGGUCAGCAUGUACUCUGCGUAUCCAGCAAUGACUGCUGUCUAUGUAGGUAUUUUUCACACUAUAUAUGUUACUGGCAAUCUGUAUAAUCCGGCAUUCUAUGCAAUACCUAGGAAAUGUAUAGAAUGCCCAAAACUUCAAGGCAAUGUAUGAAAUAUUAUUCAUUUUAUACUUUCCCUGUACAAUGCUGUCGACUUUCCUGUGUUUUAUUUAUUUAUUAUCUAUCGAGUGGUUUGCGCUUCGCCGGCUUGCUCGGCUAGCGCUAAGUUCAGGUCACAACACUAACCUAACCUUAAUUAGUAUGAGUUGUUUUUUUUUUAUUCGGCUACCCCACUCUGUGGCAGGACUUUUUUAUGCUUUUUAUAUUUUCUUUCUUUUUAGAGUUUUUCUUUUCUCUACUUCAUAUUUUUGUAUACGAGUUUUUCUUUUCUCGUUUUUAUUCUUUUUACCCGGCUGCGCAAUGCAAGAGCGCGAAGCGCGACGCGCAGACAGGGUUAUGUGUUUAACAGUCUAUAUAUGUAUGUUUGUUCCUUUGUGGCACACUAGAGACCAAACGCCUGGACCGAUUUUGAUGAUUCAUACAUCAAUCGAUUCGUCUCAAUCAUGGGAGUGCUACCAAAGAUAUGAUAGUAAUCAAAAUUCAAUAUGGGCAAAAUUAGGCGCCAUAUUGUGACGAAGUAAAAAAAAAAGUUGACAAAAUAUGUCGAGUGGGGUAUCACUGUCUAGAUAAUCAAAAAUCAUAUUUAGGUUCCUAACAUCAUUUUUCAUUUUAUAUGAUUGUUUAGG